AUGCCGAGGAUCGGGAAAUAAACCAAUUCAAGGUUUCGAUUUAGUCUUAAAUGAAGUUAUCGGGGGCCCGCUAAACUUGGCGACACCGAGAGAAAACGAAAGAUGACAUGAAAGGACCGUCUGCAAACAGAGGCUUGCCGUCCGAUUGAGGAGUUGAACAGAAGAAAUUUUACGUCACGUGACGCUGAAAAGGCGAAUAGAACUUUUGCGUGUUACGCUGUGUCGAUUGGAUCGUAGGUAUAUAAAUAUCGAUUUGGAGGACUCUCUAUAAAUGGAAUUUAACCUGUAAUAAUUUUCUAUUUAGGGGAGUAAUGGAAGCGGCCAAAGGAGGAGAAGAGAAGGAGUUGUUAAUUAGCGAGGAAGUACAACUGAACGGCGUGGAUGUAACCGUGUCCCUGUCCAGCCAGGGGCUUAUACGCUGGAGCGGCGGUUCCACCAGCGGUUGCCUUUCGGUGGAGAAUGAUCUUUUAGGGUUUAGCAGGGAAAAUGAAAGCCUUAAGCUUCAUGGAUUUAUGAAGCAUGAGGCCACUGGCUUGUGCUGGGUCAGUCGCCCGGGACACAGGGUGCUGAAGGAGUUGCGUUUAAAGACGAAUAGUGAAGAAUCUUUGAACAAUUGGUGUUUCUGUAUACAGAGAUGCCUGGACGCUCUAGAUCGGCCAAAGCGAUUGUUAGUGCUUCUGAAUCCUUUUGGAGGAAACAAAUGUGCGCAGAAAAUUUUUCAGGAAGAGGUGAAGCCUCUUCUAGAUAUAGCUGGAGUCUCUUUUACUUUACAAGAAACUCAAUUUCAGUGCCAUGCAAAAGAUUUGGCAAAGGCUAUGGAUCUAUCAAUGUAUGACGGAAUUCUUUGCAUUAGUGGAGAUGGUAUACUUGUUGAGGUUGUAAAUGGUUUGUUGGAGAGACCUGACUGGGAGAAUGCAAUAAAGAUGCCUCUUGGAAUCGUACCAGCUGGCACAGGCAAUGGCAUGAUUAAAUCUUUGAUGGAUCAUGCUAAUGAGCCUUGUAUUGCUAUGAAUGCAACUUUUGCAGUUAUCAAGGGUCACAAGCAAGCAUUAGAUGUGGCUGUUGUUACACAGGGACAAGUGAGGUCGUUCAGUGUGUUGAUGCUUACAUGGGGACUUGUAGCUGAUAUUGAUAUUGAGUCUGAGAAGUAUCGAUGGAUGGGGAGCAUGCGCCUUGACUUUUAUACUUUUGUGCGGAUUUUUCGUUUACGGCAUUAUUCUGGAAAUGUUUCAUUUAUUCCUGCUCCUGGUUAUGAAGAAUAUGGAGAACCUAUAUCCAUAGAUAAUGAAAAUGGGAGCAUUCUACAGGAUACAGGGAUCAGUGGAACUGAGGAAAUGAAACCAAAAACAUCGAAUUGCUUAGGAGCAUUGGAUAGUUCAGAGAACUAUAAAUGGAAGUCAAUAAACGGGCAGUUUAUCAUUGUCUGGUUACACAAUGUGCCUUGGGGAAGCCAAGAUAUCAUGCCUGCACCUCAUGCAGAGUUCUCAGAUGGCUAUGUAGAUUUAGUGAUUGUUAAGAAAUGUCCAAAGUGGUCACUCUUGAGCCUACUUCUUAAGAUGAAAGAUGGAGGUCAUGUCAAAUCAAGAUAUGUACAGUAUUUGAAGACUGAGACUACUUACAGGUGAAAGCAUUUCGUCUUUCACCAGGUGGGCGCACAGGAAGCUCUUCACAAGGAGGAAUAAUUGAUGUAGAUGGUGAAGUCUUGGCUAUGGGCAAAGGAUCAUUUGGAGACAACGAUUCCUAUCUCAUGUCAUAUGGUCCUCCCAUUCAAGUGACAGUUGAAAAGGGCUUGGCUACUAUAUUCUGUCCCUAAUGGACAUAACAUAUUUUGCCAUCGAUUGUCUGCAUAAGCAUGUUUUUGUUUCCCCCUUUUAGUUUCUUAUUCAUUGUGAUCCUUUGUUGCCCUGUUUUUCACCAAAAAAAUGAAAAAAAGAAAUGCAAAGAAAUAUCUACCACCAGAUUCCUUGUUGCCUUGUAUUUUCAAUUGUACAGUAGUCAUACAUUUCUUUCAGAUGGUGUAUUUAAAGAAAAAUCCACUACUUAUACUAGCAAUUGUUAUUCUUUUCAUUCUUCUAAACAUAUAAUAUUUGUUUGGAUGUUCA